AUGAUUCCUUUAGCGACCGCUCUAAUCGUCAUAUUAUACAUUGCAGGGCGGUUUCUCGUCUUACCCGUCGUGCAGUACUUCCGCGAUCCAAAGGGAUUCCGGAAAUUCCCAAACUACUCAUUCCUUUGUGGUAUUUCAGACCUUCCAUAUUGCUAUUUGAGCGCAUGUGGAUUUCGAUCAAGAGAUCUCACAGAGGCUCAUGAGUCGUCAUCGAUCCUACGAAUUGGACCGAACAGCAUUUCUUUCGGACACGUGGACGCUAUUCGCGAUAUCUACGGACAUGGCACAGCAUGUGUCAAAGAUCUGAAAUAUUCAAUUACCAGUAGCACUCAUCCGGGACUAUUUGACGUCGUGGACAAGGCAAAACAUGCAGAAAAACGAAAGAGAUUAUCUGCUGCCUUUGCCAUAAAAAAUCUUUCUCGAUGGGAAUUCAAGGUUGCACGUACGACGGAGCGUCUCCUUGCGGCGUUUGAUAACCUGUGUACCCAGCCCAUAUCUGAGAAAGGCGGUAUUCCGAAGGAAUCAGACUUUACAGUGGACUUUAACCACUGGAUAAACCUUUUUACGAUUGAAGCAAUCAAUUUUAUUGCUCUGUCAUCCGAUCUAGGUCUCCUGGAACUGGGUACUGAUCUCGUCACUGCGCAACGAAUGGAUGGAAGCACCUACCAAGCCCACUACCGCAAAUCACAGAAUCAAGGAGCAUUUGCAACCUCAAAUUUUGUCUGGGAUUACGAGAACUUUCAUUCUCUUGUAUGGUUAUCUAAAUUCGUUCCCAACUGGCGUCAGGUAUGGAAAGAAGCCGAGCCUUUCAAGGAUGUCAUUUACCACCAGGCUAUUAGUCGGUUGGAACGAUACAGAAGUGGCGAAAAAUUGGAUGACUUCUUCUCCGCUCUCAUGGAGGACAAGAAUGGAGAUGCCUACAAUCUGCCGUGGGGUGAAAUCGUGGGUGAAAUAGCUGCCAUUAUAGAUGCUGGAGCCGAUACUACUGCAAUUGCUCUCACUCAGAUUCUCGACAUCUUGAUCAAACAUCCCGAUCAUCUAAAGACCCUCCGAAGGGAAGUUGACAAUGUUUUGACAGAGGGUGAAGUGGUGGCCCCGUACGAAAAGGUCAAGGACCUACCAUUCUUAAAAGCAUGUCUUGAUGAAGGAAUGAGAAUUAUUCCUCCAACUUCAGCCGGCCUUCCACGCCGUACACCGCCAGAAGGUGCGAGAAUUCUGGGACAAUGGAUACCGGGAAACACCAGCGUGUCAAUGCCAAUUUAUACUGCACAUCACGAUCCAAACAUAUUCCCAAACCCCGAUGAGUAUAACCCACAUCGAUGGAUGGAUAUAGAAGAGAGAAAAAGGAUGGAGCCGUACUUCAUUCCCUUUUCUACUGGAGCGAGAGGGUGUAUCGGAAGAAACAUAUCCUAUCUUGAACAGACAGUGGUGCUGGCCACGUUAGUGCACCGAUAUGAAUUUGCACUGCCAGACUCUGACUGGCAGUUGCAGCGCUUUGAGGCAUUUAAUCUCAUAAUGGGUAACAUGCCGAUCAAGUUGUGGAAAAGGGAAGAACUGGAUCGUUGA